AUGAUUCCCGCCGCCCGACGACCCGUCUUCCGCUGCCUGAACGUCCGGCCGACUGCGCGCCCAACCGCGCAGUCCCGAAACACCUCCCGCUAUGUCAACAUCAAAGCGACCAAGCCAAAGGGCCCGCAACUCCCCGAGGAGGACUUCGUCUCAGUGCACCGCGCAGAAGCACUACGGCGCGCAGCACACCUCCGCAAGCGCAACUGGCUAGCCCUCGGCGCCGCCCUCUCCAUGAUGGCCCCCAUAUUCCUCGUGCGCAUGUGGGACGUCCCGCUGGAGAAGGAGAAAGACCCAGACACGACGACGCACACCGAGACACAGCACAACAUAGCAGACAUGCUCAUGGGCCCGCCCACAAAGGCAGACGCCCCCCGCAAAGCAGCAGAAGAGUUCCAGGGCAAGAAGAUCGUCAUCGCCGCGGGCGACAAAGUCAUCGCCGCCCCCGCCUCCUCGGACAACCCGCAAGCCACCGACCCCGACGCCGUCGAACUCGUCGAAACAGGCUCCUCCUACGUCCCCUACUUCCCACGCACCAUCACCCUCCCCACCCAAUCCACCACGCCCAGCACCUCCCCCACAGAAGAAGAAUACCAGCUCCUCGGCCUCGGCAUCCGCAAAGUCUCCUUCCUACGCGUCCAAGUCUACGUCGUAGGCCUGUACGUCAAAACGUCCGACCUAUCCAUCCUGCAAAACCACCUAAUCAACACCGUCAACCCCGCAGCCUCAGCCCUCAUCCCAGGCGAAAAAGAAGACCUCCGCACCGCGCUCCUCGACCCACAGAAAAGCCAACACAUCUGGGAAGCCAUACUCUCCCAACGCGGACCCCACGCAGUCAACAUGGCGUUCCGCAUCGUCCCCUGCCGCGGCACAGACUUCAAACACCUCCAAGACGGAUGGAUGCGCGGCAUCGCUUCCCGCACAGAUGAAGUCCGCCGCAAGCAAGCGGACCUGCUGCGCCAACAGGCUGUGGAGAAUAAAACUAUCCGCCUCCCCCAGCCGGUCGACGAGGGCGAGUUCGCGGACGAAGCGUUUGGUUUGGCGAUGAAGGCGUUUAAGGGCUUGUUUCAGGGCCGCGGGAAGGCGCCGAAGGGGAGCGUUAUUGUGCUUAUGAGGGAUGGGGAGGGGGUGUUGGGUGCGCUUUAUCAGCCCCUCACCAAAACAGAUAAACUGGCCCAGUCGGCGUUUCUGGGUAGUGUGAAGGAUGAGCGUGUUAGUAAGUUGGUUUGGCUGAUGUAUCUUGCGGGAGAGAAUGUUAGCUCGGAGCCUGCGAGACGGAGUGUGGUGGAGGGGUGUGUGGGGAUUGUUGAACGGCCUGUUGGGACGGUGGAGGGGAGGGUGCUGUAG